CGGACUUGGCCGGGCCAGAUUCCCAUCGGAGUCGAUUUCGUGCUUUCGGCAUAAGUGGUGAACUAGGGCCGAAUAGAGAAUUGUUGGGGGAUUGGCUGGACAGAUAGACGGAGCGGCGGUUGCCGAUACGGGAUGUAAGUAAACGAACCUGCUAUCAACAACUAUAAAUGAGACCUUCGCUGCUGCUUUGAGAUGAAACCUUUUUGAGAAAGAAGACCUCAUCCCAACUCAUCCCUUCCCAAUACAAUUAUGAAGUCCUUCAGCGCUAUUUUCACCGGCAUCGCUGGUCUUGCCUCUGUCGCCUCGGCCACCGUCCAGGGUUUCGACAUCUCUGGAUACCAGCCCAACGUUGACUUUGCGGCUGCGUACAACAGCGGUGCUCGCUUUGUCAUGAUCAAGGCUACCGAGGGUACUGGCUUCAUCGACUCUACCUUCAGCAACCACUACACCGGUGCCACCAACGCUGGCUUCAUCCGUGGUGGUUACCACUUUGCCCGCCCUGAUGUUUCCUCUGGUGCUGUCCAGGCCAACUUCUUCCUCAAGCACGGCGGUGGAUGGUCUGGUGAUGGCAUCACCCUCCCCGGCAUGCUUGAUAUCGAGUACAACCCCUACGGCGCCACCUGCUACGGCCUCUCCCACAGCCAGAUGGUUGCCUGGGUCUCCGACUUUGCCGAGACCUACAAGGCUGCUACCUCGCAGUACCCCAUCCUCUACACCACUGCUGACUGGUGGAAUACUUGCACUGGCAACGCUGCUGGCUUUGGUGACAAGUGCCCUCUGUCGCUUGCUCGUUACGCUAGCUCACCCGGCACCAUCCCCAACAACUGGCCUUACCAGAGCUUCUGGCAGAACAGCGACAAGUACGCCUACGGUGGUGACUCUCAGAUCUUCAACGGUGCCUACUCUCAGCUCCAGAAGAUUGCCCGUGGUGGUUAAAUCAACCUACUGCACAUAUGAAGAGGACAUGUAUAUAAGUAUAUCGAAAAAGAAAUAAGAUACUCUGGUUCGAUAUU